GGUUAAAUUCACCACCGCCGGAACAGAGGAAUACAAAACCCGGUGAGCGCCAACAAAAAUCAAAUCUUUGAAGCUUCGAGAUAAUGGGUGAGGAAGGAGAAGAGCCGAAGAAGAAGAGAGUGGUGGUGGAAUCACUAGGAUGGCUGACGGAGUCGACUAUAAUGCCCAAGAAGCACCGUGCCAUCGCCGGCGUCGGAGCCUCUUCCAUCAUGGAGCUCAAGGCCCAGCUCUACCAGUCUCAGGAAGAUUCCAAGAAGUCCAAGGACCUCGCCGGCCCCGACGUCGAGUUCCACCGCGCCAAGAAGAAGAUCACUGCCCACGAUGCCUUCUCCGCCAAGAACUCCGGCGUCGACGCCCGGGCCCACAAGGACAAGCUUGAGCUGAAAGCAGUCAAGGAUGGAUCAGCCAGCUAUGCUGCAUUGGAGAAGAAAGCUGCAUUGUAUGAGAAGCUAGCGAGGGGAGAGCUGUCUGAUGAGGAAGAGAAGGAAAAGUAUUGUGUGGAUUUCUUUGUCAAGAGAAAUGAGCAGGACGAGCCGGAGCAGAGUCAGCAUCGAGAAUCGUCUGUUGUUGCGCCACCGGAGAAUCAAGAUGGCGAGACAGAACUUUCUAUGUUGUUUAGCAAGAAACCUGUGGGGCUUGGGCAAGCAGGUGCUACAUGGGACAAUGAUGAACACAAGCGAUUUGUGAGGGAAGUUCACCAAGAAGCGAAUCAAGCAAGAGAGAAGGCCUCAGAGCUCAAAGUACGCAGGCAAGAACAAGCUACUGCCCGUCGUGAGAAGUUGAAACAAGCGUACAUACGGAAGCAGUUAGAGAAACUAAAAGCAGCAGCGCCCAAUAAGAAACAGAUCUAAAACAGAUGUCAAUUUAUAGCAAAUUCUGGUGACAUGUUGAGUUAACCUGCAUAGCCAUGCGGCACUUUCUCCAUUCUGAGUCAUGUUGACUUCAGGAUUAUACGGACCAAACUCCAGGUGGAAAUGAAGGGCAUGGAGUGCAGUUAUGCAGUCGUUGAAGAAAGAAAUUCGUCAAUGUAACACCAACAAAAUGAUCUCUGUUGGUUAAUGUGGUUGUGGAAUUGCAUUGGCUGAUUAUGUCAAUCUGAAAGUAUGAAAUGUUUUGAGAUAUUUAGCUCCACAUGUACAAUAUAUUUUCAUACAUCUUUAUGAAGUUCUUUUAUUUGUAACAAGCUUUAAGCUGCCUUCUUUGG